CAUCUUGCUGCCUCGCCAUCGACAACGCUCCAUUCGCCAUCCAUCACACAUCAUCACAAUGGUCCUCGGUCGCCUUGUCCACUACGCCGUUGACGCGCUCGCCGUGUCCACCAUCCUCGCCGGCGUCAAGAAGACCACGGGCUUCACCCCCGCGACGGAACAAAUCCCCGAGUCGUCGAUCCGCACCUUCACCGAGGGCUACCUCGGCGCCGGCGAGACCGUCUUCAACUUUAUCGCAGGGCAGGCCGUCACAUCGCAGUACUUCAAGAAGGAGUAGGCGUAUGUGUGCGACAUAGACCUGGCCGGUGUGCCGACUCGACCCGCAAGCGACCCGCCCCCCGCCUCGCCCAGCCCUGCCAGCCGCCACGACACGCGCUCUAAUCACGCGCGCCGCGCUGUACACGAUAGAUGUAUCUGGAUGCCGUGCCGCUGGUGGUCCUGGUCUGGUCUCGUCUCGU